ACUGUCCACGGCCGUCGACUACUGACGUGCGCGCGAGCGAGACAGACUGCGCGUUAUUUUUGUUUUCCAUCCUUUAUUAUUAUUAUUAUUAUUAUUAUUAUUACUACUAUUUUUUUCUCUCUCUCUCUCUCCGAUACACUACUACUACUACUACUACGGCGACAAGUGAGUGUGUGCGCGCACGUUCUCUCCCCAGUCCGACCGACCACCACUGACGUCUAUCGUGUGUGUACGUGUUUGACGUGUGUGUGUGUGUGUGCGUGUGUUUUGUUAAAUCAAUUGCCCCGUUCGCGUUAUCGCUUUAGCCGCCGUCGCCGUAAGAUCUCUUCGUCCGUAUUUGCCCGUUCCCGCAGCCGUUUUACGCCAUCGUCGCCGAGUCAGUUCACCGCGGCCGCGAAUCACACGAAUAUUAUUCGAUCUCGGAGCAUCGGUCCCGGCGGUGAUGUCGUACGCUAGAGCUGGGACGGACGAUACGACGUCGUCGCCGCCGCCGCCGCAGUUUGCCCGUCUGCGCGUCUGAUUGCCAACGAUAAUAGUGUUAUUCUCUCACGCGCAAUCGUGUGUACACAGCCACCGCACGGGCCAAUGAUCUACGGUCGCGUCUCGUGAUAUUAUAAUUAUAAAUUAUAUGUAAUACAUAAUAACGUCGUCGGAUUUGUGUGCGUGUUUUUUUCUCUCUACUGUUAUUAUAAUAUCCCCACCGAAUUAUUUAUUAUUAUUAUUUAUUUUUUUUGAUUUUUUUUUUUGAUAAUUUUCCAAUUCGAACGAUGUGAUGUGCAGUGAGUUCCGCCGAUAUUAUUUGUGUUUCGUUCGCGAUGACCGGCCGACCGGCGUUCGACGGGUUCAAGUUUGUUGUGUGCUGGACGACUGACGUGUCGUGAUAACAUGGAAACGGAUAUUAAGCAGCAGCGUAUCAAACGCAGUAAGCGCCGCGAACGGGCUCAGCGUAUGCACGCUAAGAAACAUGAGCUCGACAGUGGCGAAGAGGACGAACUGUCCGCAAAAGAGAAGGCGCAGAGGCCCCCGCCUCCGAACCGGAGAAAAAAGAAGGAAACGAUGUUCGACGAGGACGUCGUCGACGGAUUUGCUAUUCUUUCCUUCAAGUCAUACGAAGAUCUCGAAAACUGUGUGCAACAAUGUUUGGUGAAGAGUGCAGUGACUCUUGGGUUAGAUCCAUCAUCUCAAAGCUUUUUACAUCGGAAUCAUCAUAAGCAUCACCGAAAUCAUGCACAUAAUCACAAUAACAACAAUCAUCACCACGACAGUAAUUCCAGUACUCCAGUUACGCCAGUUAAAACAGAAUAUAAUGUUCCCAGUCCUCCUACAACACCUAAUAAUUUUAAUCAUAAUAAGGAUUCGUCAUCGUUGGAUUUAAAACACGAUAGCGAAGGAGGAGACAAUGAUACUUCUGUUGUACAUUCGAAUUCUGUACAAUCCUUUAAAAGACCAUCUGGCAAUAAAGUAUCUACAUCGUCACUUAGUCAGAGUGGUCAAAGACGAUCAAGUUCAAGGGAACGAUUCAGCGAUGCGAGUAGCAACUGUAGUUCAGGCAGAGGGUAUAUUUGUGAUAGCGAAGACGAAGGCGAUAAGGGUUCAGAUAAUUCUGAUCUCUUCAGGACCAGUCUAGUUUCCAGGAAAGAUGAAUUACCUGGAAGAAUUUCUUCUGAACCUACCCAGAAUUUGCCUGCUACGGUCUCUAAAGAACCUAUAUCAUUAACACCACCAGGUCGACAACCUACUCCCCCAUUAGUUAAUGGCAUAGAGCUUGAUAAUCAUUCGACGCCUGAAACAACCACAGCAUCUACGACUCAUAUUAGGCCCUCACAAAAUCCUAUGUUACCUCCUCCUUCAACAACUCCUCGGGCUCUACAGGUGUCUCAACCAAAAUGUCCAUCUCCCACGAUACCUCCAGCAUCCACACCCCCUACAACACCUAAACUUCAAAGUACACAUGUUAAUGGACAUGAACCUUCAACGACUCCUGCAACAGUUACGUCGAGGUAUUCCCCUGUACCAUCUUCAGGACUUAAUAGUCCUCGGAAUUUUUCAACGAAUCCGGUACCACCUACGAGUGCACCGCCAUACCAAACACCACCUCAAGCAUGUCCAUUGUCUUUGAGCAUUACAAAUUCUUAUAUUACUCCUUCAACAUCUCAACAUCCAGUUUUAUCCCACGCUGCAUCGAAUUACAUCCCAAAAUCCCAAAAUCAAACUCCUUCUCCUCACCAACAUAGUUCUCCUUAUAUGCAAAAACCAAACAUGAUAUACCAUCCACCACACGGUGCCCCUUAUCCCUCACCUAAUUUUCAUCCUAGUCCAUAUAAAUCUACUCCAUCUUUAUUGGCUACAGUGUCUAGUGCAUAUAUGCCAUAUUCUACCCAAUCAUCCACAGUGACUGUAUCUGCUUCUUCUACGAUUCCUAGCACGUCCAGCAGUCCGUUAACAACGGCAACGCCAGUAAACAAUUUUAGCUCCCCAUACCAACCUCCUGUCCAUCAACAACAUUAUCCACCGUUGUAUGCUCCAUACAGAAGUACACCAUAUAUGCCAUCUGCGCUAUCAAAUGCAGCCAGAUUAAGUCGAACUUCUCCCAUGUCUGUGAUAUCAACAAAAUCAAGUGCUGUGUCAGCACCUCCCCUUGUUGCACCAACAGUUGCUGCGUCUUCUACUUCUACUACUACUACUACGUCAAUUUUAAGUGGACAUCCAGUGCUAGGUAGAGGACAGUCACCACGAGGACCAAGUCCAAACAGAGAACGUGAUAGUUAUAUUUUAAAUCGAAGUAAUGGUCCUCAAUUAAAUUCUCCUUCGUCAUUCAAUGCUUCAUCAUUAGCAUUACCUCCUGCCAAUACUCCAACAUUAGCACCUACUGUUUCGUCUUCAACACCUUCUAGUCUUGUGUAUAAUAAAACACCAUUAUGGGGUCCAAUGGGAAAUAACAGUAUUGCAACAUCUACAAUGGCAAAUAUUACACGACAACACCCAUCAUCGUAUCCUCCUCCAUUAUUUUCUUCACCAGUAGCUACUGCUACAUCGCAGUCUUCUUCAUUGCCAUCAGCACCACCUGCUCAUAAUCCCUUUUCCGCUGAAUCUUUAUUUCAAUCAAAUCAAGCUGACAUGUUAAGGAGAGAACUAGACUCAAGGUUUUUAGCAUCAUCGCAAGAAAGAACUUUGGCUGUUGGUCCACCGUACUUACGGACAGAAAUGCACCAUCAUCAACAUCAACAUACACAUGUUCACCAACAUACUGCUACACCUCUAAUCCCUGCUGUUGCUGCAACUGCUACAACUAUACCAAAUGCUUCAACAAUACCACCUGCACCAACUUCGGCAUUAUAUCCUCCUCCACUGUUUAAAGAUAUACCCAAACUGGGAGGAGUUGAUUCACCAUUUUAUAGGCAGAAUUUAUUAUCUGGUAGCUAUCCAGGAUUUACACCAGGCCUGUUGCAUUCUUCAAUGGGUCACACACCAUUUACACCACCAAAUCAUAUGCCAACAUUUACACCAAAACAGUUGACCGAUACAUCUAAACCAACAAAGUCAAGUAAACCUGGAAAAUGGAAUGCAAUGCAUGUGCGAUUGGCCUGGGAAAUUUAUCAUUAUCAACAGAAACAACAAGUUGCAGAAACCAAAAAUAUUGCAAACAAUCCGGUGCCAAAGACUGAAUUAUUAAGGCCACCCACACAUUUAUUUCCACCUAGCCGUCCACCACAUGAUCUCUCUCCGUUUACAACGCCUCAUCAUCAUCAUCCAGGAUUGCCUCCUGGCUAUCCACCUAUGGGUCCUGCAGCAAUGUUUACGAGAUACCCGGCUGGAUUUCCACCAAUAUCCUCAUUCCCUCCUAAUCCCAUGAAUGAUCCAUGGGCUAGGUUACAGCCUUCUCGUGGACUACCUACACAAAAUUCACCAUAUGGUCCUUCUGGAGGUUGGCCAAUAAAACCAGAUCCUGUAGAAACAGAACGUGUUGAACAACAACAACGAGAACGUGAAAGAGAACGAGAGCGAGAGCGUGAGCGCGAAAGAGAACGCGAGAAAGAAAGAGAAAGAGGUCGAGAACGAGAAAGAGUGAAACGCGAAGAAAAGAGAAGACAUAUGAUUCAGCAGCAGCAGCAGUUGCAGCAUCAACAACAGCAACAGCAGCAGCAUCAACAACAGCAGCAUCAACAUCAACAACAACUUCAACAUCAACAGCAACAGCAACAUUUACAACAUCAACAUCAGCAACAACAGCAACAAGUAGCUAAGAUGAGAGAACGAUCACCCUUAAAAGAUCCCAAUUUAAUGUCCAAAGAAGAAGAUUUAAAUAAUAUGAUGUUGGGUCGUAUUCCACCACCAUCUCAUUACCUACCUCCGCCACCAAGGCAUCCUCCAAGAGCUACACAUCUACCAACACAUCAUUUUUCACCCUGGGAUCAAUAUAGAUAUGAUUCUUUAAGGUUCAGUCCAUUAAUUGCUGCUGCUGCUUAUAGAGCUGAAGAAGAAGAACACAGAGCCAAGUUAUUUGGUUAUCAUCCUCAAGCCCAUUUAAGACCAAAAGACCCAUCUCCUAAUACUCAUCGAUCAAUGCCUCCAGAUAUGCAACUACCUAAAAAAGAAGAAUCUUCUCAAUCUAGGUAGUGCAAAACUUAAAAAAGUUUUUGAAUUUGAAUAUAUUUUAUUUUUAUAGUCAAAAUAUUGACAUAAUAAAUUUAAUGUUAAUUUAUUCUUUUAAUUUCUCAUCACUACCCUUAUUAGUGUCCUUUAAACAUAACUAUAUUAUUCUUCUAUGUAUACAUUUUUAUUUUACAUAUAAAAUGUAAUGAACAAUUUUUACUUAUAAUUAUUAUUUUAUGUAAUUUCUAAAAAUUAAUUAUGUGCAAUUAAUUUAAUUUCAAUGAUUUCUAUUGAAUUAAAAUGUAAGUAAUACCAUUUUAAUAAAUUUAUUCUUUGGUUAAUGAAAUAUUAUGAAUUUUUUUUUUUAAAUCAUGUUGUAUUCGUGCAAUCAAGUUCUUAUUUUUUUCAAAAAUAAAUAUAUAUAAUAUAUAUAUACAUAUUAAAUUGUUUGUAACGCCUGCAACAUUCUUUGUAAUAAUUAUAUAGGACACACAGGGUUAAUUUUUAUUUUCUGAACUGAUUUUUUGACCCUUGAUAUAUAUAUUUAUAUCACGUCACAGUUGUAUACUACCAAAUUAAAUUUAAAAAUAGAUAAGAAACCCAACAUUUUUAAUAAAUAUUUAAUAUUAUUUGUAAAAAGUGUUUUAAUGAAUUUUCAUUGCUUUUGUUCCUAUUAUUGUUUAAUAUAAUAUAUCUGUGAAUACAUAAUUUUUACAUGGAAAUAAUUUUAAUUAUGAUAAAUUUGAAAAAAGAAAUAAACCCCAUUAUUUAAGUUACCAGUUAAAAAUAAUGAUAAUUUUAUUAUUAUUAUUAAGUUAAUAAAGUAAAUGUUUCGUGCAUUGUGUUUUGUAAAGUAUAGACACUUAUUAGUAAUUUUGCUACAUUAACUUAAAACUUAUUGUAUAUACAAAUAAUACUGAUAAACGGAUAAAACCUGUGUCUUUCUAUCUACAAUAAUACAAUUAAGUAUUUUAUUUAGUAUAUUAUUUUAUAAAGCAGAUUUACUUAUUAAUUUGUCUAUAUUGAGGAAUCGUUUUGCACGAUAAUCAAUAUUCUAUUUUAAUCUCAUCCUAGUAAUAGUUGCAAAUAUAUGUAUAUAUUAUAUAUUUUUAUGUUUUUUUUGUCAAGCUUAGGAAGCAUUGUGUUGUAUUAUAAAACUGAGUAUAAAACUUAUUUCUAUUAUGUGAUUUAUCAAUAUACAUAUUAUGUUAUGAUAAUAAUAUUAUCAUGUUAUUUAUUGUACUUAAUAAUUUUUUUGAGAAUUUGUGAAAGAAAACUUUUUAUCAGUUAUCUUUAUAUUUCAUAAAAAAUUAUAAAAUAAUUAUAUUUCAUCCAGCUACAUGAAUUUAUAAAUGGGUUAUUUUUAUAAUCAUAAUUGAUUAUUUGCUUUUUCAAUUAAUUUCUACAUUUUAGAAUGCAAUUGGUGUUUCAUAGUUUUAAUUUGUUAUUUUAUUUUACGUGCCAGUGAUAAGAUUUUCAACCAAAAACGCUGUUAGAACAUUAUAAUAAAUAUGGUUAUAACUUAUAAUACACAUAAAACAAAAACUUUGUAAUUAUGUAUAGAUUUUAAAUAUUUUAUUGUGAUUCUAAUGUUAAUUAAGUAAGUGUAUAUAUACUUGUAAAGUGAUGAUACAAUAAUACAAUUUUAUGUACCACAUAACUGUUUUUAUUUACUACUGAGACAUUAGACAAUAAUACUAUAAUAUUUGUACCAUUAUUAAUUUUUCUUUGCCUACUUUCCAAUGACCAUUAACAUCAUUAAAUGCUAAUUAAGAACUACAGAUGAAAAUUAUUAAAUUUGACAAAAUAAAAAAUUAUUUAUUUUUAAUAUAUUUUAUUAGAGAUUAUAAAUUACAUUUUUUUUUUUUUUGAUUUUAAAUUCUGAUUACAAAAUUCAAAAUCAGUGAAUCGGCUUUCAUUAAAAGUUAAAUUGAGAGCAUUUAGGCCCUAGUUUUCCUGGCUAUGCAACCUAUAUAACUUGUACAUAAUAUAAAGUUGUUUACAUAAUAAUAUACUCGUAGAUACUAUUUAUUAUAUUUUAAUUUGUAUUGGAAAAACAAAGGUCAAGGCCAUAUUUAUGUUUACCUCUGUUAUUUCAGGAUUUAUCAAUAAAUUAUUAAAUAGACCGGUUUUAACAUUUAUAACUUGAACUAUGACCUUCUAAAUCUCUACUUUUAUAUUGUGUAAUUUUUUUCUGAUGUUCAUUCACUUCAUUCACAUAGCUAUAGUGUAUUUGGACGCGACUGGUAGUGUUGAACGAUUUCGUGUAGUCUUUGUUUAUUCUUUUUUUCCUUGUAUGCGUUUAUACACAAACUGCAUUAUAGUAUAAUUAUUACCUUUUUGAUUUUUUAGUACCUAUACAAUACAUUUAUACAUACAAACAUACAUAUAUAAUAUCAUCCUCCGUCUGUCGCUUAGAAAUCAAAAAUGUCCUUCUUCACGUUUUUGGACAAGUUCGUGUUAAACUUGUUCAAUCUAUUUUGUUUCUUAUCUUUGCUGCUCGUUCUCAUCUUGAUUGGAGAAUUCGUGUUGGGCGGUAUA